AUGAUGGAACUCCCGCUGUCAAAGCAUUUAGGUGACCAGCCAAAUCGUUUCACUUGCUUGAAAAGGAACGAUAGCAGACGCGUCUUCGUCGCGUUUCCACCCGCCUCACGGCGGCUAAGGUUUGCUACGCCAAUCCCAACCUGUGCUUUUGCUGACCGAGCAGCCCCUCUGUUCCAACUCCUCCUCCUCCUUCCCGUCGCCGGGAUUGAAGUCAACCCUGGACCUCUUUGGCAUUGCUCAUUCUGUCAAGUCCGCCAUGGCCACGGCGACUCUUCUGUACGUUGCGGCUCCUACAAUGUUGUCCCGUGCCUCUACCUGCUCUCACGCGUCCUGCCCUUCACAUUCUCCCACAAAAAUCUUCAAGUGUCUGACUUCGCCACGCUGCCUGGCCUUAAGCUUUUACAGUUCAAGGCCAAAGGCCUAUUCGGCAAGCUUGACCUGCUCCUCGCCUUCAUGCGUUCAUACAGAAUAGCUGAAGCGGCUAUCCAAGAUAAAAAGUGGACUAACUCCACCAAGAUCCCUUCCUGUGCCGACUACACGCUUGUCCGUCGUACCCGCAGUCGCAACAAAGGCGGAGAUUUGGCCCUCUUGGUGGACAAAUCUAUUACCCACCAUCAGCUCCCUCUGCAUUGUGUCGAACCCAUGGAGGAAUUAGCAAGUUCCCUCGCUAGCUAUCGUGAACGUCUACAUCCCCCGCCCUCCAGUUGUCACUCCCUACUUACCCUCAGGAGACAAUUUGGUGCUAGUUCUCAACGAGGACAGCCCAACACGGCCCCCAGCUCACCCGAUGUUUCCCUCGCAAGUCUCCGCCUGGUAGCCUCCACCACGUGGAGCACGGAAACCAGCGUAAGGAGCGAUCACUUCCCUAUAAUGUUCGAAUUCGCCAUCACCGCCGACCACAUCAAGGUUCCUCACAGGCACUUCAUCAGCCUCGAGCAAGCCGAUUGGGCAGCGUUUACCACCGAAUGCGAAGCUAAGAUCGAUCUGCUACCGCCGCCAACCUGCGUUCACACGGUGGAUUGA